AUGGGUUUAUCUGAACAGGAGAAGAGCGAAACAACCGCUGGUAUAAAUUAUGCAUCAGGAGCAGCUGGCAUUCUUCCAGAAUCAGGAACUACAACAGGAGACAUCCUGAGCUUGGAAGAACAAAUCAAUUAUUUUCUUCAAACAGUCAAAAACGAUUUACCAAAGUCAUUCUCAACCCAAGAAGAGAUUUCCAGCUACUUGUCCAAGUCAAUAUUUGUAGUCUCAAUUGGUAGCAAUGACUACAUCAACAAUUACCUUCAACCAGCAAAUUACAAUAGCAGUAAAACAUAUGCUCCUCAGCAAUAUGGUGCCCUCUUGAUAUCAUCUCUCAAACAACAUCUAACGAGUUUGUAUAACUUGGGAGCAAGGAAAUUUUUGGUAUUUGAAUUGGGGCCAAUCGGGUGUUUACCGGCAAUUAUAAACGCAGCUAACCCAAAACCAACCACCCCGUGUCUAGAAAGUGUUAAUCUUUUGAUUAAGAUUUUCAAUUCCGGAAUUCCAAGUAUGAUUCAAGAACUUAGUUCCACCCUGGAAGGCUCCACAUUUGUUUAUGGUGAUAUUUUUGACAAGAGCUAUCAGCUAAACAUGUCUCCUCUUACAUAUGGGUUUUCUGGAGGAAAUACACCAUGCUGUGUAGUUGGUGGGAAUGGGACAACAAUUUGUCUUCCAGAUCAGAUACCAUGUGAGAACAGGAACACUCAUCUGUAUUGGGACGCAUUCCAUCCGGUUCAGAGAGUAAAUUAUGAAGUCGCUAGUGGAUGUUUUAGAGGAUCGUCGACUUGUUUCCCUGUUAAUGUUGGCCAAUUAGCAGGCAUCUAG